UGGCUUCCUGCCGGUGGCUUUUGUGUUCCUCUUAUAACCCCUUGGCCCUGGCAUCCUGCUGAGGAUUCUGUCCCCAUCUGGAUCGUCCUGAAGCUCUUCCAUACCAGCCUGUGGGAGCAGAGCAGCUGCAGGAAUGGCAGCCUCUUGUCGUCUCAAGCCAUUGAGCCGUGUGGCGGUGAGUGGGGGCACCCACGGUAAUGAGAUGUCGGGCAUCUACCUGGCCAAGCACUGGCUGCGGAACCCCAUGGAGCUGCAGCAUGGCAGCUUUGCCGUCACGCCCUUCCUGGGCAAUCCACGUGCCAUCGAGAAGUGUGUGCGUUACAUGGGGCGGGACCUGAACCGUACCUUCACCACCGAGUUCCUCAGCUCCACAGAGGCAGAGGACGAGCCCUACGAGGUGGUCCGGGCCCGCGAGAUCAACCAGACCUACGGCCCCAAGGGCUCGGCCCAGGCCUUUGACUUCAUGUUCGACCUGCACAACACCACAGCCAACAUGGGCACCUGCCUCAUCGUGGACUCAGAGGAGAGCCUGCUGCCCAUGCACAUGUGUCACUACAUCCAGACACACUACACACGGAGCCCCUGUCCAAUCUACCUGUACAAGUUGCCGGGCGAGGAGACUUAUUCCAUCAACUCGGUGGCCAAAGCCGGGCUAGCGCUGGAGCUGGGGCCACAGCCCCAGCAGGUGGCGAGAGCUGACCUGCUCACUCAGAUGAGAGACCUCAUGGCUUGCGCACUGGAAUUCAUCGAACUCUUUAACAAUGGCACGGUGCUCCCUGCCUUUGAGAUCGAAGCGUACAAGAUCACUGGGCGCAUGGACUAUCCACGCUACCCCGACGGGGAGAUCUCAGCCAUGGUGCAUCCCAAGCUGCAGGAUAAGGAUUUCCACCCCUUGAACCCCGGAGACCCAAUUUUCCAGACCUUCAGCGGGGAGGAGAUCCCAUAUGAGGGCGACACCACCAUCUACCCAGCCUUCAUCAACGAGGCUGCCUACUAUGAGAAGAAGGUGGCCUUUGCCAAGAUGGAGAAGCACAUAUUCUCCAUCCCCGGCCUGCAGAGAGAAUGAGCCUGGGGUCAGGUGGGCCAUGGACUAACAGGGAAUAAACAGACUGAAUGGCUAUGAUGGUGUGUGCCAUGAGGGACAGGAUGGGUGUUACCAGGCGGACAUCACCCUUGUGUUGUGAUGGAGGGGCUGGGCUGGGUGUUGACUGCACCGUCUGGUAGCACCACCUAUUAUCCAAGUUCCCCGACACUUCCCAGUGCAAGACUCUUUGUUUUUUCUUUCUUAUAACUUUGAAAAACUUUAACCAUUCAGGCUGCAACUUUCCAGGCAGGCCUGCCUCAGGCAGACAUUUUUUGGGAAUGUUUCAGCCAUUCAGCCUUUUCCCAAGAACGAGGCUAGGGCAAAAGGCAUUGUUUUGCUAGGUUAAUUUCUACAACAGUUUCUUUGCAAUGCUCUAGCGCCCCCAAGCAGCAGGGUGGCCUGGGAAGAAGGGAUGUGCCUUUUACUGUCCCCAUUGAAAUCCACCCAAAUUUGGCCAAGUUAUAAAUCUUUAGAGAAUCUGAGUUUGCACAUGCUCAGUAGAGCCUUUUUAAUUCCCUGAAGAUUCUGCUUCACCCCCUCCCAGCUCCUAGAAUGGAUUAGAGUGCCCAUGGGCCCGCCCUACCGGGUGACUGAGCAUGCUCCAGCCUGGGACUGCAGGAGCUGAGACCGAUUUUCCCUGCAGUUGUUGUUGCUCCUGUCUGCUGUGGUGCCAGGCACCGGCACACAGACCGGGGCACCUGUCUCUCCUAUGUACUCAGUGACCCCCUCAGGUGGUGUGGGGGAGGUGCAACUUGAGUUGACUGCAGUCGCAGGAGCAAUGCAGGAGUGAGAACAGGAGCAGGGUGGGAGAGUGAAGA